AUGACUGUAGACGCAUUCUUGAAAAAUACUGAGAAUUUUCACAGUUGGUUAACCAAUUCAGUGGGCUACAAACUCUCACCAAAGAUCAAGAUUGCAGAUGGAAGAGAUACUAACCAAGGAAGAUUUAUAUUAGCUACCGAGGAUAUCAAGACCGACGAGCUGUUAUUCGAGAUUCCAAGAGAGAGCAUACUAAAUGUACUAACUUCUAGUUUAGUAAGUGAAUAUCCUGCCUGGGAAAACAUCUUGCUCGAUGGUGACGUGGGACAUUGGGAAGGUUUAAUUAUUUGUAUGCUGUUUGAGAUUAAGGUUAAAAAGAAUAUGAGCAAGUGGGCACCAUAUUUUGAUGUGUUACCUGAAAGCACUGAUUUGAAUUCAUUGAUGUAUUGGACUGCUGAAGAAUUGGAAGCGCUGAAGCCGUCAUUGGUGUUGGAUCGUAUUGGGAACGAUGGUGCCCACCAGAUGCAUGAAAAGGUAAUGGAAUUAAUCCGAACUUUUGAGAAGGAUCACUCGGUCGAUUUAUCUUUUGGAACUAUUACAUGGGAAGAUUUCCUAUACGUUGCGAGUAUCAUAAUGUCAUAUUCAUUUGACGUUGAACUCCCUCCGACCUCAGCUGACGAAAACGAAGAGGACGAUGAGGUAGAAGAGGAUGUGGAACAAACUGUUAGAAAUGAAGGCUCUUUGAAAUCAAUGAUUCCGUUAGCAGAUACUUUAAAUUCUGAUACCAAUAAAUGUAAUGCUCACUUAAUAUAUGAUGAAGACUCCUUGAAGAUGCGUGCAAUUUCAAAUAUCAAAGCUGGAGAACAGGUCUACAACAUUUACGGUAACCACCCAAAUGCUGAAAUUUUGAGAAGGUACGGAUAUGUCGAAUGGGAAGGAUCUAAAUAUGAUUUUGGGGAACUUCCGCUGGAAGUUAUCAUUGAAACGUUACAUGAGCAAUAUGACAUACCGAUAGAAAAGAUCCGCAAAAUUUUAAAAAUAUUUCAAACGGAUGAAGCCAUAUUAGAGUUAGUUGAUGAUGAAGAUAUUAUUGUGGAUGCAUACGAUUGUUAUGUAGAUGGGGAAUUGGGACCAGAGGUUGUUGUUUUACUGCAAAUAUUUUGCAUCCUGCUACAAACCCCUAAUCUAAAAAAAAUUCUCAAAUCCUCAAUGGUUAAGUUGUUACAAAGGGUUACGAAGAAAUGUUUACAACUUAUCGAACGUGGUCUCAUCACAGAACAGUGUUUAAUCUUGUGGGAAAAGUGUAUUAGGAAAAGAUUGUUGUCCUAUAACCAUGUAACACCCGUUUCUGCUUCUAUGCAAUUUACCGGGGAUACUCAUGAAUUGAGAUUGAAAAUGGCUUCGAAAGUGCUGGAUACUGAGAUGAAAUCCUUGAAUAACUGUCUCCUCUCGCUCGAGAAACAAUACAAGACACUUCCCGAUGAGAAGUUGCUAACCAAUAUCUUAAAAAGAAACGCAGAAGCGGACGAUGAACCUAAGAAUAGGAAAAAGCCCAGGCGUUAA